AAUUUGGUCAUCUUCCUCUUUCCACGGUUACUCCCACAUCACGCACUCACUCACUCUGCCCGCUUCUUCGUCUCCAUUUCAGCUUCUCAGAUACUCCCACACGAAACAAUCUUAGCAUUUUUCUCAGAUCUUCAUCUGGGAAAAAGCUUCGCGGCGAUGUCUUGGCCUACGGAUUCCGAGUUAAUUUCCAUAAAGGAGGCAGUGUCACAGAUGACUGGAAGAGAUAAAGGAGAAGUUCGAGUGGUGGUCUCACCUUAUCGUAUAUGUCCUUUAGGAGCUCACAUUGAUCAUCAGGGUGGAACUGUAUCAGCUAUGACGAUUAAUAAAGGGAUCCUUCUUGGUUUUGUCCCAUCAGGCGAUACUAAGGUCCAGCUGCGUUCUGCACAAUUUGAAGGAGAAGUAUGUUUCAGUGUAGAUGAAAUCCAGCACCCAAUAGGCCUAGCAAACAAGAAUGAUGCAAGUACCCCAUCACCAUCGAAGGAAAAAAGCAUUUGGGGAACUUACGCCAGAGGAGCGGUUUAUGCAUUACAGACCAGCGAAAAGAAUCUCAAACAGGGCAUUGUUGGUUACCUCAGUGGCUCGAAUGGACUAGAUAGUUCUGGGCUUAGCUCAUCAGCUGCUGUUGGUGUGGCAUACCUGCUAGCUUUAGAGAAUGCAAACGAAUUGACUGUAUCCCCAACAGAAAACAUUGAAUAUGACAGACUUAUUGAGAAUGGGUAUCUGGGUCUGAAGAAUGGAAUACUGGAUCAAUCAGCUAUUUUGCUUUCGAGUUAUGGGUGUCUAACAUACAUGGACUGCAAGACUAUGAACCACGAGCUUGUACAGGCUCCUGAACUGGAGAAACCGUUCAGGAUAUUGUUAGCAUUCUCAGGCUUGAGGCAGGCAUUGACCACCAACCCAGGAUAUAAUCUGCGAGUUUCUGAGUGUCGAGAGGCUGCAAAAGUUCUUUUGACUGCAUCUGGGAACAGUGAGCUGGAACCUACCUUGUGCAAUGUUGAGCAUGCGGUCUACGAAGCUCACAAGCAUGAGCUGAAACCGGUUUUAGCAAGAAGAGCAGAGCAUUAUUUCUCGGAAAACAUGCGGGUUAUCAAAGGACGAGAAGCCUGGGCUGCAGGUAAUCUUGAAGAAUUUGGAAAGCUAAUUUCAGCAUCCGGCUUGAGUUCUAUUGAGAAUUACGAAUGCGGUGCGGAGCCACUGAUUCAGCUAUACAAGAUUCUCCGGGAGGCUCCUGGUGUAUAUGGUGCUCGGUUCAGUGGUGCAGGUUUCAGGGGAUGUUGUGUGGCCUUUGUAGAUGCAGAGAAAGCAGAGGCAGCUGCUUCAUAUGUGAAGGAUGAAUAUGAAAAGGCCCAACCCGAGUUUGCUAAGAAUCUGAAUGGAGGAAAACCUGUUCUCAUCUGUGAAGCAGGUGAUGCUGCUCGUGUUCUUCUCUGAUCGAAACCGGAGUUUUGGUUUAUAUCCGAUAUGCCACUCAAACUCGGAUCUUUGUCCCUUAAUACUCUCAUGCUUUAUUGAUUCUUGUUUGUUCAUCUCUUUUUGAUUCGCUCUCUGGUCUACAUGAGAGAUUUUGUUAAGUUUGUAAAAUUGGUGCAUCUCUUGACAUUUUUUUUUUUUGUUACGAAGAGUUUGUUUGACAAUACAUAAUGUAAAUCUACUCUACCGUUUUGGACUAAAUUGGACAAUCACAAACUUUGGGGUAAA